AUGGCGGCUUCAGUGGCCUCAUCAUCUGAUGCUCCUUCAGCGGCAUCGACUGCGCGAUCCAAUGCCCUGCAGAACCGCAUCACUGCAGUCCUCUCAGCCUCAUAUGCCGAUCUCGAGAUCCGAGAUGCCUUGAACGUCCUCGACGAGCGAGGUUGGCAAAAUAAUGCCGAAUCGCGUCGUAACCUCCGUCUAGACGUCCAAGCCGAGCUGAUCAAAUGCAAUGGCGAGAUUGUACAAGACUUUGGAUUGGUGGCCAAGCAGCUACAACGGGUCGGCGCAGCCAUCGCCAGUCUCGAUGCCAGCUGUGCCGAAAUGCGGAAACACAUCUCGGCGGCUCAGCGUGAGACCGGGCCAAUGCUGGAUGAAGCUCGGGCGAUUCUCCGAGAGAAAGAAAAUGUCGAGACGAAGCGCAAGCUCUUUGAUGCUUUCACUGCUCAUUUCGUCGUGUCCGAGGCGGAUCUCGCCACGCUCACGUCGACGGCUGAGCCGGUCAACGACUCUUUCUUUCGCAUUCUGACUCGUGUGAAGAAGAUUCAUGAGGACUCUCAAGUCUUGCUCGGCUCGGAGAAUCAACGAUUGGGACUUGAGAUCCUCGAGCAAAGUUCGCGGCAUUUGAAUGCGGCCUAUCAGAAACUAUACCGAUGGGUACAACGGGAGUUCAAAUCAUUGGAUCUCGAGAACCCUCAGCUCGGCUUCGCUAUCCGUCGUGCCGUACGUGUUCUCGCAGAACGACCUUCGCUGUUCCAAAGCUGUCUUGAUUUCUUCGCGGAAUCGCGGGAACAGAUCUUGUCCAGCAAUUUCUAUGCUUCCCUGACCGGCACUCCAGUCGACCAAGACCACCCGGUCAUGGGCAAAGCCAUCGAGCUCUCUGCACAUGACCCGUUACGCUACAUCAGCGAUAUGCUUGCUUGGGCACAUUCUGCAACCGUCUCUGAGCGGGAAGCACUCGAGAUUCUUUUCAUCGCAGAGGGAGACGAAAUCGCUCGCAACAUUCAAGCAGGAUUGGAGACGGAGCGGCUGACUGACCCUGAAGACCCCGAGCAGAGUGGAGCCCCAUUUGAUGGACGUCAUGCUCUGGCUGAGCUUCUUGACCGUGUCCUCGUGGGAGUUUUCCGGCAAUUGAAACAGCGGAGCGAACAAGUCGUCCAGAGUCACGAUGACGCUCUGCUCGCCUACAAGGUCUCUAAUUUGGUCGGCUUCUACACGACGAAACUCUUCUCUCCACUGCUGAAUACGAUGUCGUCAUUGAUUCACGAGAUUCUCGACCCGCUCUCCAAUGCUGCCGUCGCGGCCUUUCGCUCCAGCAUGCGCGAUCGAGUCGUGACCACCAAAACCGACGCCCUCGCACUCCCACCAGACGCCAACAGCCUCUCACCCCCCGACUUCCUGAUCGAUGCCCUCGAGACUCUCCAUGGCCUCAUGCAAAGCUUCGACUCCACGUCAUCCGGCCCGACCACAAUCUCGUCCCGAGCGGAAGCCUUCUCCCCCAUCCUCGACGAAGCCCUGGAUCCAUACCUCGAAAUCUGCGACCUUCUCGCUACGCGCCUGAAAUCUCCGCCUCACGCCACCGACGUCUUUACCGUCAACUACCUCAACAACGUACACGCCGUGCUCGUCUCUCAGCCGUUCACUUCGCCCCGCGCCGAGACUUUACAGCCCUACCUCUCCGCGCGCGAAGCCUCCCUGGUGAAUGCAACAUACACCUGGUUCCUCCGAACAUCCAAUCUCUCCGCCCUGAUCGACACCAUCGCCACCGUCGACAACCUCGCCUCAUCCUACCGGGACCCGCGUGCUCUAUCAGAUGUGGCGCGGAAAAUCGACGCCUUCCUCCCGACGGCGACGGAGGACGUCCGGGCCAUGGACGGAGGUGUUCUGGGCAGACUGCAGGAUCCCGCCAUGGUGAGGCGUGUGGUCGAAGCGGCGGCGGAAAGAUUUGUAGAUGAGUUUGAGAGGAUCGAGGAGCUUGUUGUGGAGGCUGACAAGGCGAAGAGGAGGGGUCUGGAGGAAGGGGUCGGUGAAAAUGAGGAUGAGGAAGAUGACGAGGAACAGGUUUGGUUGAGAGAGAUUUUCCCUCGCACAGUGGAUGAGAUUCGCGUCUUGCUUAGUUGA